UUAAGAGAGAAUCCAGAGCUGGUGACUUCACUGUUUGAGGCUGUUGGCUUCUCCCUCAGCUUGGAAAGUCAUUUACCCAGCAAAACCUGCAGGUCUGUGGGGAGUUUCUUACGUUUCUCUUCUGACAGACUCGACCUCACUCUAAAACCUAAAGCUGUCUCUGUCAGAGGAACACGGCUUCUCUUCAGACACAUCACAAACAUAGAUACACUCAGGCUGAGUGGUUAUAUGGUGGUGAAAGUAGUGCAGGCUUUGAGGUCUAUGAAGGUUCGAGCUCCCAUCACUGUUAAUGAGAUCACAAUUGAUCUGAAUGAGAAACAGCAGUCAGAGAGGAAUCUGUCCAGAGUCCUGAGCAGCUUGGCCAUCCUUCUGAGACUCUGGACUGUCCAGUGUUUGAACUUGAUUGGACACAAGAUUCAGUCUGUUUCUGUGUGUGUCCUACUGUGUCACCAGGGACCAGUGACUCUCAGACUGUCCAAAGUGACUCUCCAGAAGCUGGUUGAAUGUGUCUAUGAAGAAGCUCAGGAAGAAGAACUGACUCGAAGCUUCCUGCAGAAAGUGGGCAAUGAUCUGACUUUCUGUUCCUUGAGCUGGGAAGAGUUUCAUUAUUUCCUGCAGCACAGAAUUCAACAAAUCACUCUGAACCUAAGAUACAGCAACAUUCAGGUCAACAUUAGAGAAAUUCUGCCAUUCCUGAACCGGAUUAAGUUUAAACAGAUGAGCUCUGUCUUCAUGCUGUGUACAAUCAGAGAGAUCUAUGAGUCUGGCUCUGCUGGGUUUGUGUCCAGUCUGUUGAGUUCAGUGAAGAACUACAUUAACCUGCAGAGCAGAGAUCUGGACUCUGUUCACUCUGCGGCCCUGCGCUUCACACUGCAGCACUGCACUGCAGCUUCGCUCAACCUGCUCUGGACCUCCAUACCAGAGGAAGAGCUGCAGAGCAUUCUGCCUCUCUUCACACAUCUCUUCCACCUCAGGUCUCACUGCUUUUCUCUCUAUUGCUAUUAUUCUGUUUCUCUGUCUCAGGUCUGUCUGUGUGUUUCAUUCAGUAGCUUUCUGGGUGACGUCUACUACAAGCCUUGA